AUGGAUGCUUUACCGCAAAGCUUAUCUCUGUUCAUUACUCACGUGGACAAAGAAGGUCCCUUUCUAAAAGUGUGGGGGCAAACCGAAAAAAACAAUUCAAUUUAUGUGGAACAAUUUCUGCUGAGUGCCUCCCAACAAUUCGACCAGGGCAUCGGCGUUCUGCCAUUCGAAGCUUUACAAGUCAACACUCUGGUAUGCGCCAAAUAUAAAGACAACAAGUAUUACAGGUCGAGGAUAUUGAACAUUCUACAUCCAUUCUUCGUUGAGGUGUAUUUCAUAGAUUAUGGAAAUAAGGAUAUAGUACCAAGUGACAACAUACGAAGUUUACAAACUUUUCCGACAUCAUUCAUUUCCAUUCCACCUCUUUCAACAGGUUUUAUUAUUGCAGAAGCUCAUUGUCCAGGGGGUGGAGAAUGGAAAGAGCAAAUAUUCGAGGUUAUAUCGAAAGAGCUGAACUAUAGAGAAGUGCGAUGUAAUUUACUUACUAAGGCCACGAAUCACUAUCUUGUCAACUUGUACAUUGAUAGUACUGAUCUUAGUUCACUAUUUAUAAAUAGGGGCUUGUUGCAACCUAUUCCCCUUCAUGCCCAACAAGCUGUUUUGCUCAGUAUGAGUUUGCUACAGAAAGUCCCACCGCCAUCCGUGGCUCCAAUUGCAUCUUCAACGGAAAUCAACACUUACAAAGCGUGUACUUUGGAACCUAUGCAGCAGUAUGCUGUAUAUGUUUCAUUUGUUAACGAGGGCCCAACUCACUUCUCAGUUCAGUUGCAACAGUCUGAAACCGUAUUGGCUAAAUUAAUGAAAGAAAUUAACGAAAUUGGUUUACGAUUGAUGGAAGAAGUACCUCUGCCAGGGACUAUCUGCUUAGCGAAAUGCCAAGAAGAUGAUAAUGUCUGCAGAGCUGUAGUUACCAAUGAAGUCGAUAACCAAUUUAAGGUGUUUUAUGUUGAUUUUGGAAACUACGAGAUACUGCCCCUUGAAGGUUUAUUUCAAAUACCGUUCAAAUAUGUACUACCUAAAGUAAUGGCUAUUAGAGUGGCGCUAAAUGGUGUUGAGAAAUCCACAGUUACCAUCGACAUGCGACUGGCGUUCAAACGAUUUGUCGACAAUCGGCUUCUUUAUAUGAAAGUUCUUCCAUCCUCAACUAAAACUGUGAUUCCCAAAUGUGAAUUGUGGGAUCCCGAGACGAAGACCAGUGCAUUAGAUGUAAUUAAUAGAGCUGCUCUACAUGCCUACCCAGAGCCACUUAUCUUAAACAGGGGAUUCACGCAGCCUGUGAAAGUCAGUUAUGUAUUUAGCUGUAACCGAUUCUUUGUUCAAUUAUUGAGUAAAGAGUCAGAAUUGGCAAAGUUAAUGAACGACUUGCAAACUGCCUGCCAAUCUAGUGACAUUAUUUCCGAUAUAAGAAUUGGCCUACCAUGUUGUGCUUUAUUUGAAUCGGAUCAGCUAUGGUAUCGAAGUGAAAUAGUCGAUGUAAUGGAUAGCGAAAAUGUUAAGGUCAAAUAUAUAGAUUAUGGAAAUGAAGAAUUCAUAGCAAUUACCCAUUUGCGAAUGAUUGAAGGGGAGCUGUUAACUGUUUUGCGACCUCAGGCCAUUGAAUGUUGUCUUAAUGGUUAUCAAAACAUGGGUGUUGAAGAAGAAAGAGAUGCCCUCUUUGAACAUCUGAUAUUGGAGAAAAUAUUCUCAAUGAAGGCUACUGAAAUGUAUGGCAAGAAGGCACUUGUUGAGCUUAUUGACGAAAAUAACUACAAUGUAGCGUCCUUGUUGCUGGAUAAAAUCGCAGCGUCAAAGAGUCAA